AUGGUUGGUAUUGAUGCACGAAACAAAAAUAUUCUUGACACGAAAUAUACUUGUCCUAAAUGUUUAUUGAUACUACGAGAUCCUGUACAAUUGAGUACAUGUGAACAUCGACUAUGUCAAUCAUGCAUCGAUACUCAACAAGGAGCGCCAAUCAAAUAUUCACAAUGUCAAACAGAAACACCAAAUGGUCAAGUGCUACUUGAUCGAGGUUUCAAAAGUGAAAUGCAAUCAUUACCUAUCGAUUGUUCUUUUUGUCAAUGGAGUGGCAUCUUAAAUAACUAUCAAGAACAUUUAAAUCAAUCUCAUCCAAAUCCAAAAUGUGAGCAUUGUGCCGAACAGUUCAAUUCAGUCAACAAACUCAAUGAACAUAAAUUCAUCCGUGGCAAAAAAGAGGAACAUUAUUUAACAACACAUCAUCAAGAAGCCAUACUUAAAGUAGUUCGUCACAUGAGAUCACAAUUGCUCGAUACAAAGAUGGAGACUGAUGUCACUCGAACAACAACUGCGGUAACUAGUGAUCCUGCUUUAAUCCAACUACAGGAGUUUUAUGAAACACUUAACAUCUUGGUAGGUGGUAUUGAAACAUUGAACGAUGAUGGACAACGUAUCAGUAAUGAAUUACUUCAAUGUCAAAUUAAACUUCAGACAUUGGUAGAAGACUUCUCGCAAGUUAAAUUAUCAGUGGAAGAAUCACACAGUUUUUUGGAAGGAGUGAAACAGAAUCAAGACAUUCUCAAUCAAGAUUUAACAUCACUGAAAGAAAAGAUUAAUGACAUGCAAUAUGUUUCAUAUGAUGGAACAUUUAUAUGGAAAAUUACAAACUUUCAAGAGAAAAUGACUGAUGCACAAUCUGAACGACAAGCUUCGAUAUAUUCUCCACCAUUUUAUUCAUCACUUACGGGCUAUAAAAUGCGGGCGCGUUUAUACAUUAAUGGUGAUGGCAAUGCUCGUCGUACACAUAUGUCACUCUUUUUCGUGCUGAUGAGGAGUUUGAAUGAUCCAAUUCUCAAAUUUCCAUUCGCCUAUAAAGUGACGUUUUGUAUGUAUGACCAAACUCCAGAACAACGACAUAUUAUUGAUUCAUUUCGACCAGACAUUAGAUCGAAUAGUUUUCAACGACCAAGAUCGGAGAUGAAUAUAGCAAGUGGUAUACCAAAGUUCUUUCCAUUAGCGAUGAUUCAACAAGAAGGAAAUCCAUAUGUUCGAGAUGAUACAAUGUUCAUCAAGGUGAUGGUCGAUUUUGGUGAUAUGCCUAAAACGCUGUUACCUUACUCUUUGAGUCUGAAUCCAGGCCUGCCAAUGCAUAUUCAACAUACGAUGAUUAAGCAAGAAGUGGAACGAAGAGCUCAACAACAUCCUGAAUCGACGCCUGUGGCAUGA